AUGGCCAAGAGAAGAACUAAAAGAAGAACUCACAAGAAGUUAUCAGAAGAAGAUGAUGCCAAAAUACCCAAAUCAAUGGUCAUUCACUUAGGUUCUUCCUUAAAAAAUCAUUCAUUAUCUCAAUUAGUUUCAGAUUUUAGAAAUAUAAUGCAACCACAUACUGCAAUAAAUUUAAGAGAAAGAAAAUCAAAUAAAUUAAAAGAUUUCAUAGUUAUGUGUGGACCAUUACAUGUAUCUGACUUAUUCAUUUUCAAUCAAUCUACUACUGGAAAUAUCACGUUACGAAUGGGAAAAUUACCAAGAGGUCCUACUUUACAAUUCAUGAUAAAUAAUUAUAGUUUAUGUAAAGAUGUUCGUAAAAUUUUAAAACAUCCUAAAUCUGUAGGAAAAGAUAGUUUUGAAUUCCAUCAACCUCCAUUAUUGGUAAUGAAUGGAUUUUCAGGAAAUGUUAAAGAUUUACCAAUGCAUGAAAAAUUAAUGAUUACAAUGUUUCAAAAUAUGUUUCCUCCAAUUCAACCACAAUAUACAAAAGUUAAUACAAUUAAAAGAGUUUUACUAGUUAGUAAAAAUAAAGAUACGAACGAAAUUGAAAUUAGACAUUAUUCAAUAAAUACAAAAUUAGUUGAAGAAAAUAAAAAUGUUAAAAAAUUAAUUCAAUCUCAUCAUAACUUGAAAAAAAAAUUACCAAAAUUAACUAAUUCCCAAGACGUUUCAGACCUAAUCUUAGAUCCAUACUCUGUUGGGGGUAUAACAUCAGAUAGUGAAAUUGAAGAUGAUGCAGUAGUAGAAGUCCAACAUGAAGAACUUAUAAAGAGAAAACAAUCAGAAAAACCUCAACAACAAGAAUCAAUAACUACCAACAAAAAAAGAGCAAUAAAGUUAAUAGAAUUGGGUCCCAGAAUAAAUAUGUCUUUGGUGAAAAUAGAAGAAGGUUUAGUUGGAUCAUCCAAAACGUUGUAUCAUUCACAAGUUUCCAAGACCACAGACGAAGUUGCAAAAUUAGAUUCAUUACAUAAACAAAAAGAAAAAUUGAAAUUGGAAAGAAGAGCUAAACAACAAGCUGCUGUUCAAGCUAAAUUGGAUAAGAAACAAGCUAAAAAAGAUAGGAAAAAAGCAAGAUUUGCAGUUGAAGAAGGUGAAGAAGCAGAGAAUGAAGAUGACGCCGAAGACGAGGAUGAAGAUGAAGAUGAAGAUAUGCCUGAAAUUAAUGCAGAAGAUUAUGAAAAUGAUAGUGAUUUAUAUAGUGAUGUAGAAGUAUAA